GAAAUUGCCGGAGAUUGUCGACUCCCGUGACGCUUUUCGCGUGGGUGCCAUCUUGGGUUCGAAUUUCUGUGCCGCUGGAGGGAGGGACGGACAGUCGUGAAGAAAAUACGUAUUUUGGACGACUUUCCUCGCCCAGUUUCCUCAGAAAACAUCGAGGUACGGCCAGGGAUUAGGUUUUACCAAGUUCAACCCGGAUAUAAAUCAAGGGAAAGUGGAGAAGAAGCAAGAAAACCUGGACGCGUCCCGUCCACCAUUUUUGUUGACAGACGACAAGACUGCAGUUCUGCCGGCGAAGGGACAACAAAAACAGCCGCCGUCAAAACAUCGAAAGGCGUCGUUUGGCCGUCUCUACACAUCCUUCUGUGCGCUGUGGUUCUUUCCUGUGGAUAGACUGGGAACAUAGUCCGCAAGGACUUGAUCUGUCGUGAAAUUCUGCAGCUAAACUUUCGGUGAGCAGGCUUUAGGAGUCGUGGUUCGCUUUCAAGUUUUGUAGACCGGCUGCUUUCUAUUCUACUAACUGAUACUCAGUCUAACGUUCCAUUCUGAAUUAUACGGACCAUAAGUACUGUUGAUAGAAUGGACCAGGACUACGAAAGGAGGCUUUUAAGGCAACAGAACGGACAAAAUUGCUUUGGGUCGCCUGUCAGUUCGCCUAUCAGCCCAAUGGCUGGAAGAGAAUCACUUGGCACAAGCCCCGUGUCAUCACCGAGUAAGGACAAGUAUGGGGACCGCUUUAUACCAAGUCGGGCUGGAGCCAACUGGGAGAUCGGCUUCAACAGCAUCCAGGGCAUGUACGAGAAAACAUCUGGUCAGGCACGCAAAGCAAGGGAGGCUAAUUCUGACAAUGGCAAAGAUGGUCUUGCAUACACUUGUCUAUUAAAGAACGAACUCCUAGGAGCUGGAAUAGAAGACUUGAAAGAACAGACGGAAGACAGAAGAGGUGUCCUUAGUCCCACCACACCAGAAAAAAGAAAUUUAUUCAGAUAUCACCUGACAGCCAAGCAGGCAAGUCCAGAGAACACAGACCACCUCUCACCCUACUCCUUAUCUCCUGUGGGGAAAAAGUCACAGAAACUCCUCCGUUCACCCAGAAAACAGACACGCAAGAUAUCCAAAAUUCCUUUCAAAGUUCUUGAUGCCCCAGAACUGCAAGACGACUUCUACCUUAAUCUUGUUGAUUGGUCAGCUACUAACAUCUUGAGUGUUGGACUGGGGACUUGUGUAUACUUGUGGAGCGCAUGUACUAGUCAGGUGACAAGACUAUGUGACUUGUCGUGUGACGGUGACUCCGUAACGUCAGUCAACUGGAACGAGAGAGGAAACCUGGUUGCGGUCGGGACACACAAGGGUUAUGUCCAGGUCUGGGACGCCAUGGCAGGCAAAAGGAUCUCCAUGCUAGAGGGGCACUCGGCCAGAGUUGGCGCUUUGGCCUGGAACGCAGACAUCUUGUCAUCGGGCAGUAGAGAUCGGCUCAUUCUGCAGAGGGACGUGAGAACACCCAGCGUGGUGCCGGAGAGAAGACUGGCUGGGCACAGACAGGAGGUUUGUGGCCUGAAGUGGUCUCCAGAUCACCAGCACCUGGCCUCAGGUGGCAAUGACAAUAAGUUAUUUGUAUGGAACCUGACCAGUGUAAACCCAGUCCAGCAAUACACAGAGCACCUGGCUGCAGUCAAGGCCAUCGCCUGGUCACCCCACCAGCAUGGCCUGCUGGCGUCCGGCGGGGGCACGGCUGACCGCUGCAUCCGGUUCUGGAACACGCUGACAUGCCAGCCGCUACAGUGUGUAGACACAGGCUCUCAGGUCUGCAACCUGGCCUGGUCCAAACAUGCCAAUGAGCUGGUGAGCACCCACGGGUACUCACAGAACCAGAUCCUGGUGUGGAAGUACCCCUCCCUGGUGCAGGUGGCCAAGCUGACGGGCCACUCCUACCGUGUGCUGUACCUCGCCAUGUCUCCCGACGGGGAGGCCAUUGUCACGGGCGCCGGCGACGAGACGCUGAGAUUUUGGAACGUCUUCAGCAAGACUAGGUCUAAUAAGGAAUCUAAGUCAGUCCUCAACCUGUACACACACAUCCGGUGACCACAGAACAACAGUAGCACCAGUUCAAAGCCAAGGGUACCUCAGGGCUACAGCAAGAACAACUUUUUUUUUUCAACCUGAACAGUUUCUACACAAGAAAAAAACUGCAGGAAACAGCUUCAAGGUCUAAGGGAGAGAAUAUUGUUGUACAUCAAAAUUAUGUCCAUGUAACCAACCCUACAUAUACUUCACUAAUCCUGCAGACAUGGUAUGAUUAUACAAUGUAAAAUUAUGGUGAAGAUCUAACAAGUAACCUUGCAUAAUCAAUUAUGUACAAAUCAACAGUAGGCCAGAGGAAUAUGUCAAGUACCAAAAUAUUGGAAUCAAGAAGUGGCAUAAAAGCUGUUCUGAUUAAAAAGUUUAUUCUGAGCCAAGUAAGAACAUUUUUAGACCCCGGCCCUUUUAUUUCAAUUCAACCUUCCUUUGUAUUAAAUUGUUUUUUGACCUUUUAUUUUGAGAGUCUUUCUGAUCUGUGGCCACACCACCUUUUUGACAUUGAUAUUGCAAGAGACCUUUUCCAAAAGAAGAAAAAGUCAUUUGAAGACAAGAAAACUUUGGACCCAUUGUUGAACUGCCAGUAUUACCCUGCUUACAAGUUAGCUUUACGCAAAACUGUUAAGAUUUGAGUUUAUUCCUCUGCAAAGCAUGUGCUUUGGGUGUAGAUACAGACUGUACAUUCAAGGGUACCUUUUGUGUAUAUUUUUUUUUCUUUUUUUUUUAGCAACAAGAAGACUAAAGAAACAAUAAGUUUGUGGUGUAAGGUAAAAGAAAACUGCACCAUAUGAGACCUCAGUCCUAAAGGAUUGACAAGUUGGAGCUAUAUACGGUGGCAAAAUCUUGCUCUGCCCAUCCAGAGAUUACUAUAUUAUUGAUAUGUCCAAGCAUGUAUUAAUACUAGGAGUACACCCAAGAGAAACUGGCACUGUGUAUUCAAGAUAAAAGAAACUACCUCUGGUUUACAUUACUUCAAACUUGUCGUUAACAACAGCCAAAUACUAGGAGCAAAGCUCUUUGUGGUAGUUGUGUUGAAAACCCCCUUUUUUGUUGUUCAAGUCAACUUUUAUGUGUUUGUUUCGUAUGUAAAAUGAAAUAUGGCCAACAGAGAUGAUUUCAGAUGUACUUUCAGUUUGGUGUAUACCUUGUAUUUUAGAAACCAGUAGAGGCAACAAGGUCUAUAUAAAUGUACCAUGUCCCGGAUUCUGAGGACUCUAGCAACAAAUGCUAACAGAAACGCGAUGUAAGGAGAGAGAUUUAAACUAUUGUAUGGUUCUGUUAUGGUAUAAGGGAAAUGCCAUUUCCUUCACACUAUCCCCAAUAAAUCAUGUAACAUCUGUACACAGGGUA